AAACAGACGCGUUUGUGAUCAACACGUCGCCAUGCAGAGAGGCAAGGAUUGUGACCGUCGUGUGCAAAUCCGUGCAAGAAGGACAGCAGAGUACGAGGAGGAACUUUGGGGAACAAAAGAGCGACAAAGUCAACCACUGGACGCUGUUCGCAAGAAGCAGCCGCGAAUUGUGUCAACAGCAGAUGACAGUGAAGAUCUUUGUCCUGAGUGGCAGGAGCAAGAGACCCCUCACAUUAAAGAGGAGGAGAAGGAGGAUGAGCUGCAGCCCCCUUACAUUAAAAAAGAGGAGGAAGCGCACCGCUACAUCAAGGAGGAAGAGGAGGAGGAGACUAUCACCGUGGUGCGAUUGACUGGUGUUCCUUUUAAGAGUGAGGCUGAAGAUGGUCAAAGUGAGGACAACGGAGGGACGCAGCCUCCAAGCAGCAGCUCAAGUCAACGCAUGACAACAGAAGGCGACAGAGGCCACUGCGGUAGACAAGUAAACGGCCUCUCGGCUCCACUAUCGAAUUGUGACGACAUGUCACACUCUUCUGACUAUGAUGAUGAUGAUGAUGAUGGUGAUGAGCAGUCUGAAGGUCACGCUGACAAGAAACACUGGAAAUGUUCUCAGUGUGAGAAAGCUUUUAAAAAAAACAGUGAUUUGAAACAACACAUGAGAACACACUCUGGAGAGAAGCCUUUUGCCUGCUCAGUUUGUCGUCAAACAUUCUCUCAGAAAGGAAGCUUAAGAAAACACACAAGAAUACACACUGGUGAGAAACCUUUUGCCUGCUUAGUUUGUGGUCAAACAUUCUCUGAGAAUGGAAGCUUAAGAAGACACACAAGAACACACAGUGGGGAAAAACCUUUUGCCUGCUCAGUUUGUGGUCAAACAUUCUCUCAAAAGGCACAUUUGGCAACACACACAAGGACACACACCGGGGAGAAAGCUUUUGCCUGCUCAGUUUGCGGUAAAAGAUUCUUUCGGAAGGGAGCGUUAAAAAUACACACAAGAACCCACACUGGAGAGAAACCUUUUUCCUGCUCAGUUUGUGGCAGAAGAUUCUCUCAGAAGCAUCAUGUUAAGCCGCACAAGUGUUUAGGUGUGAAUAGCAGUGAUUUGGAAUGUGAAUCUAAACCGGUUCCUGUUGCGGACCGGUUCUAAAGUUAACGAUUCCUUGGAAUCGUUUGCCUAAUUUCUAAUCAGUUCUUUUAUUGAUCCUAGUAGGGGAUGUUAUCGCGCACCUUUAGCAGCCUGUGCAACAUGUGGACAAGCGAAACCAGCACCCGGCCUGGCGGCCGAGCCACCGUACCUGGUCCCAGUCCCCCAGGAGACCCUGAAAAUGAGAUAUGAGUGUGCCCAAUGUGCGGAGUAUGUACAGUGAACAGGGCCAGAAGGCGGGCCCGACCGAGGUGGGUGGCACUGACACCCACCAUGUGCCCCAAGUCAGCCGGGGAUCCCACACAGCCUGAGGGAGAGAAGGGCGACGACCACGGCGGAGGAGAGGGAAGAGGAGGGCGCAGGCGACCCCCAGAUGGGGGGGGGGGGCAGCGGGCGCCACCCCGGGGACGUAGCGCAACCCCAGGAUCGGCAUCCCCCGGGAAGGCAACACGGACACAGCCAUACCCGAGGAGGAGGGGGAGCACAGGCAAAGCGUCCCCAGAGGCCAACCUCGUAAAUCCAGAAGGGUAGGGGUUGAAAUGGAUGGAAGUGACCCUAUGGUGUGCACAGGGAUCUAAAAUGACGAGAAACCAUUUGGUCACGUUUCAUUGCAUUUACAUUACACGUGACAUUACAUUACAUUUCUGUUUCUCUCUUCAUUCUUUUCCCAGGCAAGCACAAUCGAGUUUCAAGGUUCACCAUUUGAAUGAAAGGUGUGCAUGCUAUAUUGUGUAACGUGUGAUCUAUGGAGUACUUUGAACUGGAUUAUCUGUAAAUUACUAUUGUUUUUUUUUUUUCCCGUCACGAAGAAUGUGUUCCUAUAGAUUUGUGCCCCGUGGCAGUCGACCCUGAGAGGUCUUUUUCCCCAUUUUGUGACUCGUAAGUGUACUCAAUUAGUACUUGAGAUUAAUUUGUAUACUGUGCUAGGAGACAACUGUUAGAAAUUACUGGCUGCAUUCUUACACAACACUGCAUACACUUGUUUGAUACGUCCCAUGACAGAUACGCAUCCAGACAUCCUUAUAAACAUAUAAUUGCAUUACACUUCGUCGCACCGACACAACAAACGCACACCGUAAUCAACAUAGGGUGCGCGUUGGGAACUUCACUCCUCCGGCCACGCUCUCCGCACCCCGGAACCUUGGUUAACUCAGAGCGUUGAGAGCCCAGCGCUAAACCUUUUGCGACCUUAUUGUUUGACUUUGUAGUUUCGAAUAAAUUGUUCAACUUUUCAUCCGGCCUCAUCGUUGAAGUUUUACCUCGACCAGAAUGAAAGAACGGGGCAACUAACAAAUGGAUUCUGGAGAGUUACAUCGCCGGGGACGAACACACACCGGGUUGAACGUGACAGUAGUUUAUUAACUUGGAAUUUUGAGGCUUUCGGCCCUGGGGGAAUAGGAGGGAUCGCUGUCGCCAUGCAUGAAACGUUCCCUGCCCCAUUAGGGCCGUUCUCGAGCUUCGUCUUUCGGACGGGGGGGAGGAGGAGACGGGCCUUGCUUAUUUGUAACGCAUGUGCCGAGACUGGACCGAAGCUUCAGGUGGCGAUCCGUCGGAUAGUCCAGCGCCCCACCCAGUCGCCGAGGCUCUGAAAAAUAAUCCGGCUAUGACAACAGCGACAUCUGCUGAUUGGAAAACCCACUUUUUGCAUCACUUAGCAAGACAUAUUGAAAAAGAAAAUAAAGAGUCCUGGUUGUCGGUGGGCCACAAGAGGUGAGCGCUGGUUUGCGGGGAGCGAGGGCAGGUGGCAGACUGGGGACAAAGAGCAAGAAUGGGUUAGAGUUAAGAUGACGCGAGGUCUUCGGGAAGCAAAAGGUGGACCAGGCGGCUCGGCUACGAACUCGACACAGAGCGUUGAUCAGCAGCCCUGACGGGAAGAAGGAAGGAGGUCAGACAUACAGUGGGGCGAAAUAGUUUUUUGACCUUUCUUCGUUCUGUUCAUUUAUCUGGAUUUUGCUGUGCUUGAAUUCCAUAAUUUUACAGUGGAAACAAUUUUACUUUGGGUUUGUUUUUGAACUCAAGUAAGUCGUUUUUCUUUGAACAAAAGACCCGCGUCAGCGGAUUACUUACAAACAGAUGCCCGAGCCACCUCAUCUGGCUCCUCUCGAUGCGGAGGAGCAACGACUCCGCUCUGAGCCCCUCCCGUAGGACCGAGCUUCGCACCCUGCGGAGGAAACUCAUUUCGGCAGCUUGUAUCCGGGAACGACACACAGCUCGUGACCGCAGGUGAGGGUAAGAACGUAGAUCGCCCGGUAAAUCGAGAGCUUCGCUUUUCGGCUAAGCUCCUUCUUCACCACAACGGACCGUUACGAAGUCCGCAUCGCUGCAGGCGCUGCACCGAUCCGCCUGUCGAUCUCCCGUUCCGUUCUUCCCUCACUCAUGAACAAGACCCCAGGAUACUUGGAACUCCUCCACUUGGGGAAGGACGUUGUGAUUCCUAGCACACAAUCACUAAGUCUGGUCUCUAUGGAGAUCUAAAUAGCCAAAAUAUGGGACCUUUAAAGCUGGAGCGCCAGCCAAGGUCGUUCUGCUACAUUCACUCCGCUGACUGCCUGCCUCUGUGCUCGGCUCAUUCACUUACCCGUGGUGCAUUGGAAAUCCUACUACCGCAUCCCACCACCACUGUUGUUGUUAGUGGAACACACUGGAACAAGGGGCAGGGAGCGGUUUGGGGUAUCAGCGUCUUGCUCAAGGACAACACAGCCGUGAGGGAGCCGGGGGGGGGUGUUGGCGGAUGGUCCUGUCGGGGUCUUGAACCUAGGUCCCCCACGGUGGCAGGCGAUGAUCUUAACCAUUGGGCCACGGCUGCCGAUUUAAUGUGGCUUCAACUCCACUAAAAUGUUAAGUUAUUGGUUUAUGUUGAUGACAUCAUUCUGUAACUUGUGUGGCAUAUAUUACCAAGUAAUGGGUAUGAUUAUGCUCAUGCUUUUUUUGUACUAUGGAUAAGUGAUAUUUCUGCCGAAAGUCACUAAAAAGUUACUUUUUUUCCAACUUAGUUACUUUUAAAAUCAAGUCAUCAGCAAAGUAAAUAAGUUACUUUUAAGCUCAAGCAAUCAGUAAAGUAACUAAGUUCGUUUUUCAAGGUAACUGUGGCAACAUUUCAGAAAAAGAACAUCACACCAACAGUCAAACACGGUGGUGGUAGUGUGAUGGUCCUGGGCUGCUUAGCUCCUUCAGGACCUGGACAACUUGCUGUGCUUGAUGGAACCUUGAAUUGCGCUCUUUUCCAGAAAAUCCUGAAGGAGAUCAGUUUGUGACUUCAAACUGAAGCGCACUUGGUUUCUGCAGCAGCAUAAACGAUCCAAAACACACCAGCAAGUCAACUUCUGAAUGGCUUAAAAAGCAAAAGGAAUGUUUUGGAGUGGCCUCGUCAAAGUCCAGACUUGAAUCCGAUUGAAAUGCAGUGGCAUGACCUUAAGAAGGCCGUUCAUGCUCGAAAGUCCUCCAUUUUUGCUGAAUUCAAACAAUUCUGCAAGGAAGAAUGGGCCAAAAUAUCUCCACAGAAAUGUGAAAGAAACGCUUGAUUUCAGUUGUUGUGUGGGCCAAUACUGGGAUCCGGAUCCAGAUGAUUUUAUUUUGUGCAACCGCUUGACGAAUUAAAAUUAAGUGAAUUUAACACACCAUUUCCCCCCCAGUGUUGUCAGUAUUUGUCACUAUUGUUUAUAUCUGUCAAAAAGGCACAAGAAAUCCACAAUUCUAAAUAUUUCAAUUUGUCAACUAGUUUAGCAUUCUACUGCCGUCUCAGGUCAGCGUUAAGACUCCACAUGUGGAAUUGCUGGCUCCUUAUGUAAUUCAAAUUCAUCAUCUCCCCC